AUGGAGCGCGUUGAUGAGCUCCUCUCACAAUGCAAAGCGUUCGAGUCACGGGCUAUGGUCAUCAUUGGCCUAAACCAAGGGGAAUCUUCGUCCACAGCGGAAGGCGCAUCAAUUGCUCCUCCGGGUGACGCAGAGGAACGAUUGGAAAAUUUCUUUGUCAAGCGCCUUGAGAGGGCAAUUGAAGCCCAGAGCGUACGGCAUAUUGAAAUGAUAUGGCAAGAUGUACAACAAGCGUUCUCUAGACUACAAGAUGGACUACCGAAGACCAUUAUCCCAACCAGAGUGUAUGAUACCGUUCUCAGGGUAUACAUGCAUCUCAGGCAGCCAGACAAGGCCGUUGACGUCUGGAACACUAUGAUUGCCAACAGAGUACAGCCGACCGUUGCAACCUGGACCGCCAUGAUGGAUGGCGCCGGCAAAGCUAAGGAUUUUGGAGCUACAGAACAGAUAUGGCAAAGGAUGCUGGCCUCUGGAGUUCGUCCAGAUGCGCAUGCUUGGGCGGUACGGAUACAAAGCCUGAUGUUGUCUGGCCACCACAUACGUGGUCUGCAGGUCCUAGAUGAGAUGGGCCGGAUCUAUGCAGAAGCCGCCCGCAGUCGUCAAACCAAAAGAAAUGGCAACAUCUCCAUGUCCCGAGACCCGCCGGAUGUCGCUAAGCCGAACGUUGAGACUGUCAACUCCGUAAUCACGGCGCUCAUGCGGACUAGAAAGCAGGACCUCGUCCCCAAUGUACUCGCUUGGGCUCACGCUUUCGGGAUUCGACCUGACGCAGUGACGUUCAAUAUCCUUAUUCGGGCUUCAUUGCAAAGCGACAACGCUCGAGAAGCAAUGCGCCUCCUCAAGCAGAUGGAAACCAUGAGCGUGCAGCCGGACGUGGCAACCGUCACCAUCAUCCUGAACCACGUCUUCCGUGCUUCUGCCCUCAGUGACAUGCCGCAGGAGCAACAGCGAGAGGCGGUCAUAUCCACUCUCCGACAGCUUCAAACCCACGGCCUCCCAGAGAACGCCUGGGUCUACAGCACGCUUAUCGACAGCCUUCUAAAGCACCAUGAGAACCUGCCGGCCGCUCGGGCGGUACUUGACUACAUGAGCCAGCGCAAAAUUACGCCAAGCGCUCACAUCUACACCAUGCUCAUCACCCACUACUUUUCCCAGAAUCCACCGGACAUCGCGGCAGUCGACGCGUUGUGGAGCCACAUCGAGACCACAUCCGGCGUCACGGAUCUGAUCUUCUUCGACCGCCUCGUCGAGGGUUACGCGCGUGCCGGGGAGGUGGGCAGGAUGAUGACGUUCCUUGCGCGCAUGGGGCGGGAGCGCAAGAGCCCGAGCUGGUUCACGCUUACGACUGUAGUUAGGGCUUUGGCGGAUGUGGGGGAUAUGGCGAGGAUCAGGAUUAUUGUUAAGGAUGUCAGAGAUGGCAAAGAUCCCCUAAGAGACAGGCUUCGUGAUGGCAGGGCGCGGAACGAGUUUUGGGAUUUGGUCGAGAGCUUGGGGAUCGGUGAGGCAGACGAGCAACGGCAGGUUGAAUCAUCUCUAGAUGCCUGGGGCGGCGGGCCGGCUUUCUAA